UUGGCUGUUCAUCUCCCUCCUCUCGAGAUACUGUAGUGAUCCUUUUGACCCUGUCACCCAGUGACACAUUACUACACUUGGGUCUUAAGUGCUGGUGCAGAAUGGGCUGGUCAUUCCCCCAGCAAUGGGAGCUCCUGUCACUGGCUGACCUUUCUUCUCCUCGCUGAGCCACCCAUCCUGCUAUGGCCUUAGCUCCAAUUGUGCAGCAUUAUAACUGAAAGCCAGUCAGACAGAAAGAUACCAUUUUUUUUGUGUUGCCCUUCCACUAUGGCUUGAAUUUUCAUUGUUCUCACCAAGCAGGAUGCACAAAGCACUCAUCCCUGGGGGAGUCAGCUGUUGCCCGAGGUCCAAAAUGCAGGGCCUGAGCCCAGCUUCCAACAGACCGCACCUCCCACACCUGCAGCUGUAUUAGACUUGGGUUCCCACGGGGACCAUGUGCAUUCCAUGGGUCAGAGGAUGGAAUGAGCAGUUGUUCCUCCAGGGAGAUUUGAACAGGUGUCCGGCUCUCCCGCAGUCACAGCGCGUUUAAACUGUUCCCAGCCGCCAACAUCACCCGGGCUUGAGUCUGAAAGGUGAAGAGCGGGGGCUUGGUUCCUUGGAGGAGGAUCACUUGGUGAGCUUGAGGCCAGGAGGUCACUCGGGAGCGAAGGAGUCGCUGUGUGAAUGGGAGGGAGGUUCUGCCCAUUUCCUGCCGCUCUGACAGACUGACAGCGCUGCCUGCACCCUCACCGCUGCCCGGCGAUGGACAUGGGCAGCUGCAGCCCGGGAUCGCCUCUCUCCCCUCCCCUACCCCCGAGCCAGCAGCCGAUCCCUUUCCGGCGACAUUCGCCCUGCGCUGCCCCUCAGAGGCCGGCGUGUCGCCACCGCGGACCGGGCAGUGCCGUGUCGCCCCCGCCCGCAGCCCAUGGCCAUGGGCCAGGACCAGACCAAGCAGCAGAUCGAGAAGGGCCUGCGCCUCUACCAGUCCAAUGACACAUCCCGGGCGCUGGACGUGUGGAACCAGGUGCUGCUGAAGAGCACCGACCUGGCGGGGCGGUUUCGGGUUCUGGGCUGCCUCAUCACGGCGCACUCGGAGAUGGGCCGGUACGGCGACAUGCUGAGGCUGGCAUUGGCGCAGACCGAGGCCGCCCGCCAGCUCGGCGCCCCGGACUACGUUACCGAGUCCUACCUCAACCUGGCCCGCAGCAACGAGAAGCUGUGCGAGUUCGCCAAGACCGUGUCCUACUGCCGGACCUGCCUGAGCACGCAGGGCGGCCGGCUGGGCCUGCAGCUCAACGGGCAGGUCUGCCUCAGCAUGGGCAACGCCUUCCUGGGCCUCAGCGCCUUCCAGAAGGCGCUCGAGUGCUUCGAGAAGGCGCUGCGCUAUGCGCACGGCAACGACGACAAGAUGCUGGAGUGCCGCGUCUGCUGCAGUCUCGGCGGAUUCUACGUGCAGCUCAAGGACUACGAGAAGGCGCUCUUCUUCCCCUGCAAGGCGGCUGAGCUGGUGGCCGACUACGGCAAGGGCUGGAGCCUCAAGUACCGCGCCAUGAGCCAGUACCACAUGGCUGCUGCCUACCGCAAACUCGGCCGCCUCGACGACGCCAUGGACUGCUGCGAGGAGUCAAUGAAGAUCGCCCUGCAGCACCAAGACCGCCCACUCCAGGCCCUGUGCUUGUUGUGUUUUGCUGACAUCCAUCGGCAACGUUCUGAUGUUGAGAAAUCUCUGCCUCGGUACGAGUCCUCACUCAACAUCAUGACGGACAUUGGUAACCGUGUGGGGCAGGCUCAGGUAUUGCUGGGCAUUUCCAAGUGUUGGCUGAUUGAGAAGAAGAUGGACAAGAGCUUGGGGGUUGUGCAGAAGGUAGAGGAGGUGGCAGAAGGAGUGGGGAAUAAGCUCCUCCUACUGAAGGCACACUGCCUGUGUGAGAUCAUUUACCGAGCAAAGGGCUCCCAGCAACUUCUCCGAGACCAUGUUGUCAAGUUCCAUGAGUGUAUGGAAGACAUGGAAUUGUACUGUGGAAUGUGCGGCGAGUCGAUUGGUGACAAGAACUCUCAGCUCCAGGCUCUGCCAUGUUCCCACCUUUUCCAUCUAAAAUGUGUACAAGCCAGUGCAACCAAGGGUUGCCCGAACUGCAGGCGAUCAUCUGUGAAACCAGGUUACGUGUGACCAGGACACUGCCCAAGCAAGAACACAUGGAAUGUGAUUCCUCAGCCACGAGCCAUGGAUUCAGCAUGAAGAAGGCAGCAACAAGAAUUCAGGGAAACUAAAACCCUGUCUUACCUGUCAGUGAGAUCUCAGCUGUCAAUGGCAGUAGGGUGGACCAGAGAUUGGAAAACAAAACUAUAAUUUUAGUUUGUUGGUAUUUUAGAAAAUCACCAGCAGCUCCUUGCAAUGUCUGGUGUCAGAGGGUGUUUGGGGUGUGUGCGUGUGUUUUUUGUGACUGGUAUCCAGGUGUGGUUCAUGUGAGCAUCUCGCAGGUCCUUUGCUCUCCCUGGCUGAAGGUUCCAAUAAGUGUGAUCUGAGGUUUUUUUAUGCAUUUCAAUAGGUAUAUUUAACGUCAGAGAACGGUAUACAAUAUACAUCCUGAAAUUCUUUUUCUUCGCAAACAUCCAUGAAAGUAGAGGAGUGCCCCAAAGAAUGAACAGUUAAAAGCUCCCCCUCCCACGCACAAGCAGCAGCAAAGCAAUGAACCCUAAACCCCCCCUAAGGUUCCAGAAAAUUUUAUCAUUGCAUAAGCAGAGAACAGGCCCUUACUCCGUUUUCCUAAAGCAUUUCUUUUCUAUGCAAAGAACAAACUACUGAAGGACCACAGACAAUGCUGGAGGAACUAAAGUUCAAAGUACAUUUGUAAUCAAAGUUUAUAUAAACUUGAGAUUCGUCUCCUUACAGGCAGCCACAAAACAAAGAAACCAUUUAAAAAAAAGAAAACACCUAACGUGCAGAGAAAAAAAACAAAUCAUGUAACCAUAUAACAAUUACAGCACGGAAACAGGCCAUCUUGGCCCUUCUAGUCCGUGCCGAAAGCUUACUCUCGCCUAGUACCACCGACCUUCACUUAGCCCAUAACCCUCUAUUCCUUUCCUGUCCAUAAACCUAUCCAAUUUUACUUUAAAUGACAAUAUCGAACCUGCCUCUACCACUUCUACUGGAAGCUCGUUCCAUACAGCUACCACUCUCUGAGUAAAGAAAUUCCCCCUUGUGUUACCCCUAAACUUUUGCCCCCUAACUUUCAACUCAUGUCCUCUUGUUUGAAUCUCCCCUACUCUCAAUGGAAAAAGCCUAUUAACGUCAACUCUAUCUAUCCCCCUCAUGAUUUUAAAUACCUCUAUCAAGUCCCCCCUCAACCUUCUACGCUCCAAAGAAUAAAGACCUAACUUGUUCAGCCUUUCUCUGUAACUUAGAUGCUGAAACCCAGGUAACAUUCGAGUAAAUCUCUGUACUCUCUCUAAUUUGUUGACAUCUUUCUUAUAAUUCUGUGACCAGAACUGUACACAAUACUCCAAAAUUUGGCCUCACCAAUGCCUUGUACAAUUUUAACAUUACAUCCCAACUUACUAAUCCAAUUUACCACCCCAUCAUUAAUGUAUAUGACAAACAACAUUGGACCCAGUACAGAUCCCUGGGGCACACCACUAGUCACCAGCCUCCAACCUGACAAACAGUUAUCCACCACUAUUCUCUGGCAUCUCCCAUACAGCCACUGUUGAAUCCAUUUUACUACUUCAAUAUUAAAUUAAUACCUAAAGAUUGAACCUUCCGUGCGGAUUCUUGUCAAAGGCCUUACUGACGUCCAUAUAGACAACAUCCAUUGCUUUACCCUCAUCAACUUUCUUAGUAACCUCUUCAAAAAAUUCAGUAAGACUUAUCAAACAUGACAUUCCACACACAAAUUCAUGUUGACUGUUCCUAAUCAAACCCUGUCUAUCCAGAUAAUUAUAUAUACCAUCUCUAAGAAUACUUUCCAUUAAUUUACCCAGCACCGACGUCAAACUUACAGGCCUAUAAUUGCUACGUUUACUCUUAGAACCCUUUUUAAACAAUGAAACAACAUGAGCAAUACGCCAAUCCUUCGGCUCUGGUAAACAAUAAAAGUAAGCAAAUAACACUUAGAACAAGCGAGUCCACAUUAGUCUGGCACUUGGACUGAUCAAACAUCUGUUUACGUGGACAGAGCUCGAAUCUGCCUGUCCUUUGCUCAGAUUUUGCUCCGCUUGUGGCAACUUUGCCUCCAAUAUGCAGACUUUGCUCACGUCUCCAUUGUCAGAUAGCAUCCACAGAGGGAAAUGAGUAGUUGACAUUUUGGGUUAUGACCUACAAUAUCGACUGUCCAUUUUCCUUCACAGAUGCAGCCUGACCUGCUGAGUUCCACCAGAUUCUAGUAUCGGCAGUCUGUUGUGUCUCCAAGCAGAACAAAUAGAAUCUGUGGGAGGUGGAGGAAUUGUUGACUUUUUAGGUCAGAUCUCUACGUUAGGACCUUCUUGACCCAUGGGUGCUGCUUGGUCCACUGAGUUCCUUGAGCAGUUGUAUGUAGCGGGAGAUUUUGGCAUCUUCAGCCUCCGUUCCUUUCUCAGAGUUCAGAGUUCUCAGUGGCUUGGGCUGAGAGUGAAGGAAGAUGGAAGACCCCAGGAAAUGUCACAGCAGAGUGCCUGUGAGCUUUCCUUUAGCCCCAGUUCCAACCCAGCUCCGAUUUUAUUCCCAUUCCCGUGAAUCCCGGUCCCAAUCGUCUUAGCCCAACACCUUAAUCUGACCUUACCCUAACACUGUCCUGCCUGAAUCAGACCCCACCACAAGCUACAGCCACCUGGACCUUGCUGAAUAGUGGUCAGUGAAGACGAGGCCUGGAUCUUUGCUCUCACUUACACUCCAGCAGCCUCUGAACCUGACCCCGUGUCACCUGGUGCCUCUGAUCACAGUGCCACACUUGUGCCCACCACAAGUUAUGUAGCUGCUUGCUCUCCAGCCAAGAGUGCACCCUGGACUUCCCUUCAGCUGACAGAUUCCCAGCUUUUCUGGAAUAAUUGUCUUUCUGGCCCAACUACAAAAGUAAUAUGAGCCUUCCCGGCACAGCUCAGCUUAGUGGUAAAAAUACCCACUUCACCAGUGACUAAGACCCUUCACGUCACACUGCCCGCUGUUUCACUGUCCCUAAUCCCACACCAUCACUCAAUUCCACUGUCACCCUAUCUGAUGCAUUGCUGCCAGAUUAAAUUGACAGCCACUGGUGACGUAGUUGCCAGAUUGUAGAUGCCUUAUUGCAUUGCUGCCUAAUUACACAGCUCCUGAUCAAGUUGCGAGCUAAUUAUGAAAUUGCUGGAUGAUCCAGCCAGCUUAUUCUACACCUCCGAUCGCACAGAUCUCACAGUCGCCUGAACGCCGACAAUUUCACAGCCAGUGAUUGCACAGCCAGCAUACCUGAUGAAGAGCUGACCUAGAACAUUGGCCAUCCAUCUGUCUCCACAGAUGCUGCUCAACCAGCAGAAUUCCUCCAACAUUUUGUGCUUUGCUCUGAUUAAAUUGCUAACUGAUUACAGACCUUCCCGAUUAUACUGGCCUCCAAUUACACUACUGACACAUCACGCUGGCCCCAAUUCCACUGAUCUAAGUGUUUAAUUAUGUACAUUGCAGGCUGAUUAUUGGGUCACCUGAUUAAGCUGCUGCCGCCUGAUUUCACUGUGGCCUCACUACACCACUAAAUGCUCACAGUUUAACCUAAUCACACUGGCUGGAUUCAACUGUCAUCUGAUUACAGCGUGCCCUGACUGAUUACAACACAAGCAGCUGACAGUGCCUGAUUGAAUACUGUCCAAUUACAUAGCAUCGGGUUCACACCAUCAUUGGACCACUUGGUGGAUUAAUCCUCCAUCUGAUUACAUUCCUGAAGAGUUAAAUUUAUUAUGCAGCCACCUGAUUACAAAAUCCCCAGUUAAACUGUUGCCUGAUUGCUCUGCUGACAGAUUACAUAACAUCAUUACAAUGCCACCAGAUUACAAUCUCCUAUUAUUACAGUGAUUACACCACUGGCUGAAUAGAUCCCUCAUCCUCACCCUCACCCUCGUCCAAUUGACAUUACCCAACCAUUACUCUAUAAGCAGCUUGAAUGCUUUCAGCAUUUCCCCUCUAGUCGAUGUUGGACUAGCUGAUCUACAGUUCUCUGCUCUCUCCUUGAUGCCUUCCACACUGUGGCAGCCAUUCUAGAAUCUAUGGAAGAUGAUGUCAGUGUAUUUCACUCUCCCUAUCUCAGUCAAAACCUGGGAAUCCACAUCAUUUGGUUUCUAGGGAUUUAUUGUCUUUAAAUGAUUAAUUCCUCCAGUAAUUCUAUGUUACUACUGUUAAAUCUUUCUGCUAGCCCCUUUCAUUAUUUCCUGGGGAUAUUUUGUGCCUUCCUUUCAUGGAGACAGAAACAAAGUACUUGUUUAACUUCUCCCCCAUUUUAUUAUUCUCUGGUUUAAUAUCUGUAAGGGACCCAACAAUAUUUUUUUGCUAAUGAAUUUUUACUUAUCUGUAGUCUAAUGCUUCUUGCUAGAUUAUCUUUGUAUCCAACUUCCUGUUGCUACUCAAUCCCUUGGUCCUCCUUCACUCAAUCUUGAAACUUUUCGAAUCCUCAACUUGCAGCUCCUUUUGGCAAAAGCCCAUCACCCCUACUGGGACCCAGCUUGCCAGAGUCCUCUGCCCUGGGUCCAAGCAAAGAUCCUUCCUUUCCCAGGGAUGAGGUCUUUGGCGUUCCUGUAGCACUGGGUUUUUACGGGAUGGGUUGCUAGCUCCAUGCCCAAGCUGCCUGCUGUAACAGCGGGGCUUGGGACUGUCCAAGGUGGAGCUUCUUGAUGUAAUGCUGAUGUAUAAGUAGCCUUUAGCCACAGCUGGACCACAUCUCCUGUUGGGGUUCUGUGCCCUAAAGAGAGAAAUUUGUAAGUUAUGUGUGUUCCCUCUACUAUAGUUGCCUGAUACUUUCAUAGUUUGCCUUAAUAAGAGUAAAAAUGUUGGUUUCAGAGAGAACAAUACUACUUUCAGUCUUUAUGUAAAAUGUUACAUUGUGAUAUCUCUUCCCAAAAAUUAACUGCAUUUUGUUGCCCAACCCUACACUAAGAUCCCUCACGCACUGCUCUGAAGAACCAGCCCUCUGCUGGUCUGCUUAGUUUACUUGUAAAUUAAAUCUUCAGUCUUUAAUUUACUGACUUUUGCAAUGUCGUAAAUUGCAGCAGAUAUUCUAGGGCCUCUAAUCUGUCCCAAACGGAUUCUACAAUCUUUCCCCUCCACGUGCUGUACCACAUUCAUUACAAUCAGAGUAAGAUGCCCAUCACUCCUAGAGCAACUGCUGCCUCACAGUUCAGCAGCCCAGUUCAUUGUAACCGCAGGUGUUCCUGCACUUUCCCACUUUGACCUCAUGGACUGUCUGCCAAAUCCCAAAGACGUGCAGGUUAACUGGUUGUUGUACAUGAUCCCUAAUGUGUGGAUGAGGUGUAGGGUCUCGGGGGAGUUGAUAGGAAUGUGGGGGAAUUUUAAAACUGCAUUAUUGCGGAAUUAGUGUAAAUGGGUUGGUCUGUUACUGACUUUAAAUUACUCUUCUAUAGGUUAAGUUUCCUGGAACUUUUAAUCCCUGUCUUUGGUUACUGAGAAACCAUGCCUCUACAAUGACUUUUAAAUGGUAACCACUUACUUCCACUUUAGCCAUUAACUCUUGUUAACCAUCUUGUUCUAAUGAAAUGACCUUACAGAUAAUGAAAGUGUCUUCAAUGAUACCUCUUUACAGUUGUCCAUACCAUGAUACUAAAUGUAAAAGGCAUGGAAUUGACAUUAAAAGAAAACAAACAAAAAGCCUCUGAUGA